AUGUCAAGAGUAAUUGUAAGAUUUAUCUUGAAUGGACAAUGCAUUGCAAAUAAACCACUAAAUUCACAAGAUAAUUUGAAAACAGCAAGAGAGAAAAUCAAAGGAAAGAUAUCUGAUUCUCAACACUUUUUAACAAAAGAUGGUGAUAUAAUUGAUGUGAACGAUGAAGAGAGUUAUACUAUAGGAGAUGUAAUUGAUGAAAAAAGAGUAAUAAAUAUUAAAGGAGCAGAAGUUAAAAAAGGAAUAAGAAUAAAGAUAAAUGAUAAAGUACUUACCACACUUGAAAUAGACAAUAAAACAACAAUAAACAAUAUUAGAACAUUAGUUCAAAAUAUUCCAGAUUCAGCACAUUUCUAUACACUUGACAAUGACAAAGUUGAAAGAGAUGAAGAAGAAGAUUAUAUAGUAGAAGAUAUAAUAAAUAAUGAAGAAAUUAAUCUUAAAGAAGAUAAAGAAAAAAGUACACCAGAAAUAAAUGAUCUAACAAUUGGAAUAUGUUUAAAUGGAAAACCAAUGAUCAAAAAGAAAUUCAACAAGGAUACUUCUCUUUCGGAUGUUAGAAAAGAGAUUGAAAAUGUCAAACAAAUUCCAAAAGACUUUGUGUUUGAAGACGAAGAAGAAUUUAAAAUAUCAACUGAUGAUGAACAAAC